UUGCGCACACAGGACGCACAGACUCUUCUGGUCCAUUUACGCGCGACUACUUCGCGUCUCGCCGUGACCGGGACCGUGGAAAAAAAAACUUUUCCGAACUAACAUAAAAUAAUUCCGGGACGGGCGAUUUUAUUAUGACAGUCCGUUCGUGAGUGUCGGGAAUUUUCGUUUUGUUUUGCAUUCAAUCGGCGACGAGAAGAUGGACGUUUUCGGCGAGCGAAAUGCCGGGACACGCCGCUGGUUCUUCGCCGGCUUGUUGCUGGCCGGUCUCCUGAUGUCCAUCGUGCAUACUUCUACGUCAGCGGAAUCGCAGGAGGAUUCCGACUUAGUAUUCGACAUCUUGGAAUCGAAAAAUUACGAGAGCCUGCGCAGGAUAGCCAGGGAAUCAAGCGAUUUAAGCAAUUCUAGUCCGCCGGUGGAAGAUCAACAUUGGUUGUCGAGCACUGUAGAUAGGUUAAAGCGAAGCAUAGGCGGUUUAUUUAUCAACAGCGAAGGAAAUGGCGAAAACGAACGGGUACAAAAAUCGACCCAUGACAAGAAUCAUUCUGCCAACCAUCUCAAACGAAAAUCGUCUGCUAAGAACCGACAAAAGUCCGACCAUCUUAGAACGCAUCGUCAAGCCUCGUAUCAGGAUCGGGAUGAAUACGAAUACGAGCAACAGCAGAUUGAGGAUGAUUAUGAUAUGGAAAACGAAGUUAAAGACUUGCUUGAUACUAACGAUGACUACGGAGAAAUAGAAGUAGACGGUGAAGCGGAGGGUGAAGAGAGCUUUCCCCCCAUCGCAUCCGACGAUGAAGAUAUAGCCGCUGGUUUUGCAUCCGGAGAUCUGGGUUCCGGCGAAGUAGAAACGGCGGAACCGCCCACAACAACUACCACUAGAGCGUCUCCUAGUCAUCCCAGGUACUACCGAUCGACAUUCACGGCAUUGGAGCCCUAUGUCGCUGGCUUCAACGACAGAAACUCGUACGAGUUCGUAGACUUGGCGACCAACGUCGAAGACGCCUUAAAGGGGCUAUUCGCUGACCAAGUCGGUAUCUAUUCGUUCACCGUCAUCAGCAUCGAGAAAGAUGAAGAGGAUGUACUUAAAAUAAGAAUAACCGUCGACAUCGAAUCUCAGGGACCCGACAGUAGUCUCUUGAUAGAAAACUUACUGUUGCAACAUAUCUCUAGUCAGCACAGAAUAGGAUCAUUGACUGUAUCCCCGGAGGACUUCAGAUUUAGAGCUUUCGAAGAUAACCGUCCCACUUGCCAAAGCGAUGAGUUGCAAUGUAGAAAUUUACAAUGCGUACCUCAUAGUAGCAGGUGUGACGGUAAGAGAGAUUGCAGCGACAAUUCCGACGAAGACGGUUGCCCCACCUCUCCUAUUAUCGAAGAGGAGACUACAACUUCAACGACCACCACCACCACAGCCGCCUACGAUCCAUCAAUCACCGCCAUCCCUACAAAUUGGCCUACUAGCGACGCGGAUACCACAACUAGUACCACUACCACUACAACCGAAUUUCCCGAUUUCGGUAGCGGCGACGGAGACGGUCGCGCAGACGACAUCUUGCAAUGUGCAGACGGUUCGAAAUUUUAUUACGGGGACCAGAAGUGCGACGGUAUUCAGGACUGCGAGGACGGUAGCGACGAGAUCGACUGUUUGGGAGCCCAAGAUGACUGCGCCCAGGGUGAAUUCAGCUGUGACUUUUCGCGAUGUAUUCCUGUGCAAAAGAGGUGCGACGGAGUGCCGGAUUGUUCAGACUCGACCGACGAGCAGGAAUGUUCAAGAUGCGAAAAUGGUGCCUUAUUCUGCGACGGCAAACUCGGGUACAACUGUAUCCCCGUAGACAGGAUAUGCGACAAAAAUCAGGAUUGCAGGGAUGGUGCGGACGAAAGGGAUUGCGAAGCGUCCCGAUGCAGCGAAUCAGAAUUCGAUUGUGGCGAUGGAGAGUGCAUUCCCAGCUAUUUGCGGUGCAGCGGGGAGCCGGAGUGCAGGAAUCAGCACGACGAAUACGGCUGUCAAACCUCACAAACGUUGGGAACCUGUAGGCCAGACCAGUUUAGGUGCCAUGACGGAGAGUGCAUACCUUUAGAAUGGCAGUGCAAUCGUCAGUACGAAUGUCUUGAUCAAAGCGAUGAAAAAAAUUGUCCAUGCCGCGAUACGGAUUUCCAUUGUCUCAAUGGUUUUUGCAUACCGUACGCGCAACGAUGUGACGGAACACGCCACUGUCAAGACCAGUCCGACGAAAUUGGAUGCGAAAAUAUUACACGAUGCGAGCACUACCAGUGGCGAUGCUCGAAUGGCGAUUGCAUCGAUCAGAUUUAUCGAUGCAAUCAUAACAUCGACUGCGGUGACGGGUCCGACGAAAAGAAUUGUUCCUAUUGCACGCGCGAUCACUACAGAUGCGGUGACGGGUCUUGCAUUGACGUCACGAAAAGGUGCAACGGCGUGGGCGACUGUCCCAAUUCCGAAGACGAAGAGCAGUGUGAGUAUUGCGGACAGAACCAGUAUAAAUGUCACAACGGACAGUGUAUACCGGAGGUACUGAGGUGCGACGGCAAUUACGAUUGCCUCGAUUCCACGGACGAAAUCGAUUGCCUCACUGAAGAAUGCGGUGCGGACCAAUUGAGAUGCCGCGAUGGUACUUGCGUCACUGGUGUACAGUGCGAUCGCGUUUACGAUUGCCUGGACGGUACCGACGAACAAAACUGCGAGUACUGCUCGAUAGAAGAGUUCAAAUGUCGCGACGGGCAGUGUAUUCACGAGAGUUUGAAAUGCAACGGCGUGCCCGAAUGCCGCGACGGUUCGGACGAGGAAGAGUGCGAGGGAUGUCUCAACGAUGAGUUCGAUUGCGAAGACGGCACGUGUCUGGAGAUCGAAAGGAAAUGCGACGGUUAUAGGGAUUGCAGCAACGGUCGGGAUGAAGAUGGAUGCCCCGAGGUUCAGUCGCGUAACGAAAGCAAUCAGGCGACAACCUGCCGAGCCGACCAGUUCGAUUGCGGCCAAGGAGAAUGCAUCGAUCUCACGUUCAGAUGCGACAACUACCGAGACUGUAUGAACGGAACCGACGAAAUCGGAUGCGAUUGCAGAGUGGACGAGUUCAGGUGUAACAACGGCGUUUGUAUACCCUCCGACCGGGUAUGCGACAGAAAUCCCGAUUGCGAGGACGCUUCGGACGAGGCAAACUGUCGCAGGGCUUGUCAGGGCAACGAGUUUAGGUGUCACAAUAACGACUGCGUGCCGAAUCAUCUGCGCUGCGACGGUAGACGCGAUUGCUCCGACGGAUCCGACGAACUAGAGUGUGCUUGUCCCAGCGAUAAGUUCCAAUGUACGAACGGGCAAUGCGUAGAGGGCUACUUACGCUGCGACAGGACGCCCGACUGUAGUGACGGGUCGGACGAAUAUAAUUGCCCAUACGUUACACCCGAAACAACCACCCGUCCUUAUUUGCCACCAGGACCGACCGGACGACCGGACGCGAUCAGCUGUCCGGACGGUUAUGUCCACUGCCUAAGCGGAAACCAAUGCGUGGAGCGGAAUCGCCUUUGCGACGGACGCGUCGAUUGCAACGAUAUGUCCGACGAGUCAUCUUGCAUUGGAACUUCCGACGGCCUCCUCCUUAAAACGUAUCCAUCACAACAGGAAAUCAAAGAAAACAUUUAUAAACUGGACCGGGAAGUUGUGUUCCAAUGCCGUGACGAGGGACCACUUCGAGCUAGAGUCCAAUGGACUAGGGCCAACGGGCAACCAUUACCGCCCGGUUCGAGAGACAUCAACGGUCGCUUGGAAAUGCCCAACAUCAGAUUGGAACAUGGCGGCACUUACGUGUGCUCGGCGGUGGGCUACCCUCCCAGAACUCCCGGGGCUCAAGUGGCUGUUCAAUUGCACGUGGAAAAAGGCAAGAAAACUCAGUCGUCAAUUUUGAAAUACGGAAACUUGGCGCCAUUAGAUACAGAGUACCACGGAACAGCUUGCGGACUGAACCAGUCUACUUGUUCCAACGGCGACUGCAUUUCGAAGAAUCAAGUAUGCGACGGCCGAUACGACUGUACCGACGGAUCAGACGAAAGCCGAUGUAGCUUACAAUGCGAACCUAACGAGUUCAAGUGCGACAACAAGAAGUGCGUCAUCAAAACGUGGGUCUGCGACGCCCAAGACGAUUGCGGCGACGGUUCUGACGAGGCGGGAUGCGCGCGAACCAUCCCCGGGUCGGACUGCGGCGCGCAUCAGUUUAGGUGUCACCGAGACGGUCUUUGCAUACCGAAAGCGUUCCACUGCGAUGAAGAACCUGACUGCGGCGACCGAAGCGACGAAAUCGGGUGUGCUAAACCAGUGGUCUCGCGACCUCCGCCUCAAAUGGUAAAACUCCAAACCGGACAAACGUUCGAGAUAUCAUGCCGAGCGGUGGGCGUGCCCACCCCGCAAAUCGUGUGGCGCCUGAACUGGGGCCACAUCCCUCCCAAAUGCAAAACACGCAGCAAUGACGGCGAAGGGGUCCUGGUUUGCGAGGAUAUCCAAGUUGAGGAUCAGGGCGCGUAUUCCUGCGAAGCGAUCAACACCAGAGGCACCACGUUCGCAGUACCGGACACCAUUUUGAUCGUCAACCAAGAAUCCGUCUGUAGAUCAGGAUAUUUCAACGUGGACGCCCGAUUGGAAAGCGAAUGCAUCAAGUGUUUCUGUUUCGGACACACUACCAGCUGCAGAUCUGCGGACUUGUUCGUGUUUCAGUUCCAGCCGCCUUUUGAUGUCCUAAAGUUGUUGGGUGCUCGAGUCGAUCCCUACACGGGAGUAGUCGACAUUAGGGAUGAACCAAUCUACAAGGGGGCGCAGCCUCAUCUUCAGCCCGUCGGCGCUAAUGGCGUCUACUCUUCGCUCCAACGUUACGGCGAACUGAUACAGCCCGACGUGGUUCCCUAUUUCGCCCUGCCGGAGAAUUACCACGGCAAUCAGCUGAAAAGUUACGGGGGUUAUCUGCGUUACAGCGUAGCCCACGGAAACCGAGGUCGACCUCUUCCAGGACCCGACGUUAUUUUCACCGGCAACAACUAUGUGCUGCUGCACGAGUCCAGGCAAUCUCCUCAACCAUAUGGUACGACCACCAUGCAGGUGAGAUUCUUCGACGGCGAUUGGAUUAUCAAAUCGGAUAGGGCGCCGCAACAUCCCGCGACGCGUGAAGAAAUAAUGAUGGCCCUGGAAAACGUAACCAACAUACUCAUCAAGCUCGAAUACAACGAGGGCAUCCUCAAUACCACCCUGUCGAAUAUCGAAAUGGAUUCCGCCGCGAAACCGGACAGCGGGCUGGGUACGGCAAACUACGUCGAGGAGUGCUCCUGCCCUGUUGGCUACACUGGUUUCUCCUGCGAGAGCUGCGCAAGUGGGUACGUGAGACACGAAUCUGGACCAUGGCUCGGUCAAUGCUAUCGGGAGCCGCCGGUAUGUCCGCAGGGUAGUUACUACGACGGCACCGACUGUCAGAUUUGUCCGUGUCCGCACACGAACCCCAGUAACCAAUUCGCUCGGACCUGUCACCUCGGAUCCGACGGAAACGUAGUCUGUGACUGCCAAGCAGGUUACGUCGGUCUAAGAUGCGAACAAUGCGACAGGGGUUAUUCGGGCAACCCCUUAGUGACGGGAGAUUUUUGUCGCCCGGAGAGUCACUGCAGCAUCGAAGGAUCAACCGGGACCGACGUUGACGGUAGAUGUGUGUGCAAGGAAUUCACUCACGGUCCAUCUUGUAACCAAUGCAAGCCCAACACGUUCUACUUGAGCACCAGAAACCAGUUCGGCUGCAUAUCGUGCUUCUGCAUGGGUGUGACUCAGCAGUGUUCCAGUUCAAACUGGUACAGGGAUACGCUGAGCUCGUACUUCACAACAUCAACGCUAGAAUUUAAACUAGUAGAAGAUAUCGACAAAGAAGCUCCUAUCUCAUUGGGCAUUCGUCUCGACAAAGACAGCAGGGAGAUAGCUUACAGUUCGUUCUCCAGACCGAACGUGUAUUAUUGGUCUCUGCCUAGGAAGUACUUGGGAGACAAAGUAACGUCUUACGGUGGGUACCUUAGGUACACCAUCAGGAAUACCCCGGUGCCAGGCGGCGCCAGUUCCAGGAACAACGCUCCAGAUGUCGAACUAGUUAGCGCCAACAACAUCAACCUGUUGCAUUUUUCAAGCAACGCGUCCUCGUCGUCCAACUCUCAAACAUUUGUCGUGCCUCUUUUGGAGCAAUAUUGGCAGAGAAACGACGGCCUAAGAACCGACAGGGAACACCUACUGAUGGCUUUGGCCGACGUCAGUGCCAUCUACAUCAAGGCGACAUACUUUACCAACACGCAAGAAGCGGCAUUGAUGAAUGUGUCGCUCGACAUCGCAUCGGAACGCAAUACCGGAUCUUUCGAACGCGCCCUCGAAGUCGAGCAGUGUUACUGUCCAACAGGAUACGCCGGACUUUCCUGCGAAGACUGCGCAUAUGGCUAUACCAGAUCAGGUGACGGCAUCUACCUGGAACUAUGCGUACCGUGCGAGUGUAACGGUUACUCGAACGACUGCGACCCAGAAAUAGGAGUUUGCAGAAAUUGCAGGGAUAAUACGUAUGGCGAACAUUGCGAUCUGUGUCGGCCAGGUUACGUGGGCGAUCCCGCCAGAGGACAACCUUGCAUCCCCCGUUCCGACGAGCCCGCGCCAUGUUCCUGCGACGAGAGAGGUGCCGCGUACUCGGAAUGCAGGAAUGGAAUAUGCCAAUGCAAGCCGAACGUGGAAGGUCCGUCUUGCGACAGAUGUCGUAACGGUACCUUCGGUCUGGACGCCGUAAGCAUCGACGGUUGCGAGUUCUGCUUCUGUUCGGGCGUGUCGAGCGAAUGUAGCGAGAGCAACUUCUACGUCGAACAAAUCCCAGUGACGAUCCUCGAAGAUCACGGUUUCACGCUGACCGACCAGUACUACCGCCAGAGAAUCGCCUCUGGUUUCAAUCUAAACCCGUCCCUUAACGAAAUCGGCUUCAAUUUCGCACCUAGUCAACGCGAAAGAAUGUACUGGUCUCUCCCAAGCAUCUUUACCGGCAACAAGUUAAAGUCGUACGGCGGCAAGCUCGAGUUUAUGCAGAGAUACCUCGACUUCCCUCACGCCACUUACGUGCCAGACAAAGACGUCAUCAUUACGGGCAACAGCGUCGUCGUCUACUGGACCAAUCCUCAAGACCUGAGACCGGAAAUCGUCAAUAGCGUGUCUAUAAGGUUGCAUCCCAGUGCGGGAUGGUACCGAUUGGAUCAGAAUCGCGCUCCAAGACCGGCGUCUCGGGAAGACCUGCUCAUCGUUCUGGCGAAUAUUGAAACGAUCCUCGUAAGGGCCACGUUGUCAACCGAUACUUCCAGCACGUAUUUGAGCGAUAUCACUUUAGACACUGCCGUGGACAUCAAUACAGGCAAACCCAGGGCUUCGACCAUUGAGGUUUGCAGAUGUCCCCAGGGCUACAGGGGCACGUCUUGCGAAUCUUGCGCGUCCGGUUACUACAAAGAUCUGUCCUUCUCGGACACCAGUCCGUUGGGCUCGUGCAGACGGUGUCCGUGUUCAAACCACGAAGAGAGUUGCCAGCUGGACAAUUCUCAGCGAGUGAUAUGCAACUGUCUCCCCGGUUAUAGCGGAAGGAAUUGCGAAUUGGAAACCCCCGUCAUUGUGACAGUGCCGCCAAGACCAAAUAUGACGAUCACGCCUCCGACACCGCCGUCGAUCGAAGUGGUCAUAACGGGUCACACGCUCCAAAUUUACGAAGUUGGCAGCACCGUCAGGCUUAACUGUUCGGCGACGUCACGCUUAGCCCCCCGAACCGUGCGUGUACACUGGAGCAAGGACUAUAGAGACUUACCAUACACGGCGAUCGAUGACGGACGCGGUCUCCUGGUGAUCACGAACCUGCAGGUCCCUGACUCUGGUCGCUACAUUUGCGAGGCAGACGACGGAUAUUCCAUCGUGACCCAAAGCGUCAACAUUGUGGUCGGUGUGAAAGUUACAAGAAAUAUCAGUAGUUCAGGUAAACAGCAAAACGACGUGCCUCCCGCCAUAGUGGUAUCUCCGCCUGUCAUCGACGUCAGCGAAGGCGGUCUAAUCGAAGUCCGUUGCUUGGCAUCCGGCAACCCCAUCCCAGAGUUACUUCUGUCGAGGGCCGAUCACAACGUAUUAAAUCCCAGCCACACCUUCGCCAACGGGGUAUUCCGCAUCACUCAAGCCAGAUCGUCGGACCAAGGGUUUUACCAAUGCGUGGCCACGAACCGUGCUGGCACCGACUCUAGAAGUUUCGAAGUGCGCGUUUCGGCCAGUUCAGUGUUGAGGGUCAGAAUCGACCCCGCCCAGUAUACCGGCCGAGUAGGCGAGGACGUGGUGCUCAGAUGUAUGGCCGAUCGCGCUCAAAUCGUGCGAUGGAGCAAACAAAACGGCAACCUACCGUACAGAUCUAGAGACGAAAACGGUCUGCUUUACAUCCCCAGCGCGCAAGCGGACGAUGCGGGAGUCUACAUCUGUACCGCUACGUCUUACGACGGGACCAGAGGCGUGCAGACCGUAACGGUGUCCCUGACCGGCGACUCCGGCGUCUACCCGUCCGCUAGGGUAUCCCAGGACCGUAUAACGCUCCGGCAAGGCGACUCCGUCGAGAUUAAAUGCGACGCGUCAGGUUCUCCGCCACCGACAGUAAAAUGGACCAAAGUGCAAGGCGAUUUCGGCGCCAAUCUGGAACAAAUCGGCUCCACGUUACACAUAAGAAACGCCAAGAUCGAAGACAGGGGUGUGUACAUUUGCGUGGUCACCAACAGCUUGGGCAUAGAACAGGCCGUAUCGACCGUGGAAGUUACACGGUUUGAGGCUCCGUUGCUGCAAAUUUAUCCCGAGUCCACUUUAACGAUAGUCGCGGGAAACAGCGCCCACCUGCAGUGCAGAACUAUACAGGGCUAUCCCUCGCCCACUAUCACCUGGAGCAGAGAAAAUGGUCGACCUUUGGGAACCAACGUAGAAAUAAUGUCCGGUGGAACAUUAAGACUGACGAGAAUCACCCAGAACGAGGAAGGCGCGUACGUGUGCACCGCAUCGAACGACGCCGGCACCGCGACGGCGGUCGCCACCGUCGUGGUCCACACCUUACCCGAAUUGCAAGUAACCCCGAACGAGGACAUGAUCACACGUUACGUGGACGAGCACUUGAGGCUCGAAUGCAGAGGUACCGGAAUCCCGGAACCUAACGUGCGAUGGCAGAAGGAAGGCUUGGUUCCCAGCGUGCGAGGAAGCUCGAAUUUAGACGAGUCCCAAGUUUCGCGUUCUUACGCCGUGCAAGAGUUUACCCGUCUAACGACGCAAGACGCCGGCGUCUACGUGUGCGUCGGAGAAAGCGGCGCUGGUAUCAACGAGAAGAGGGUACUGGUGGAUAUUUACCCGGAACGGGGCGAUAAUCCGGAUCAACAUCCGGGAGGCGGAGACGUUGGACCGCGACUUGACGAGCCCUUCGAAGAGUUCAAUGCGAUCGCCGGCGGGAGGGCGGAGAUUCGGUGCAGGAUAACUAGCAGCUCGGACGUGGAAACCUACACGGACUGGAUUAGAGCGAAUAACGCCACCCUGCCGCCAGGGGCGUAUAUUCGCGAAGGCGUGUUGUAUAUCGACAACGUGCAACCUUCUGCAGCCGGGGAUUACGAGUGCGUCAGUUAUUCGACUCGCGACCGCCAGGUGGUGUUCAGGGUCCGAAGCCGGCUUCGAGUGUUGUCACCUCCUCGCAUAAUGCUGAACCCGUCGAGGCAGGUGGUCGAACCGGGACAAGACGCUUAUAUAGAUUGUUCCGCGACCGGCGACCAACCCAUCCAGAUCGAGUGGAACGCCGUGAACCGUACUAUACCGGCCAGCGUGUACCGUCACGAUGGUUACAUCCGUUUCAACAAUAUCGAUAUGAGCGACGCCGGAAUGUACAGAUGCACCGCCCGAAACUCGGCGGGCGAGGCCGAUUCCGUCGCCGAAGUAAUCGUAGCCCAUCAGAGACCGACUAUCCAGGCAGAGAAUCGUUUCGCAAGCGCCGCACCCGGUUCAACGGUAUCGAUGCGUUGUAGGGCCGGCAAGCCUGAACAACAAAACAACAUCGAGUGGAUCCGUGAGAACAACGAGCUGCCACGCGGCUCUAGGAUAAGCGGCGGAAACCUAACCAUCUACAAUAUCAAGAAAGAGGACGAAGGUCGAUAUCAUUGCGAGAUCCGAACCCCGGAUGGUACCGUUUCCGACUAUUUCGAUCUGCAAGUGCAAGUGCAACAGCCGGGCUGUCGUAGUGGUUGGUGGCGUUGCGGCAAUGGUAAAUGUAUCUCGCCGGGGUUGGUCUGCGACGGAUCGAACGACUGCGAGGAUAAUUCCGACGAGAUAUCGGGCUGCGCUGAUUGGACGCGACGGGGUCCGUCAGUCAAAUCCUUACCUUCUCCAAACCCGGCCCUCCACAUCAGCCCGGCGGAAAGGGAAUACUCAGCGGGCGAGAACGUCGACCUGUACUGUCAGUCCAACGAACCGGGUGUGAUACCCACGUGGUCGAAGCUGGGAGGAUGGUUAGCGGACAACGUGAGGAACAAUGCCGGACGGUUGAUGAUAUACAACGCGCGAGUUGACAACGCGGGCGUCUAUAGGUGCGAGGCGACGGGACGUCAGGGAAUAUAUCACAAGGAUUACAACUUGUAUGUCAGAGACGAGGAAGAGGUGAACGACGACGCGCCCGUGGAGGUGAAACGCGUGAAGAGGCAAGACACGGUAGUACUAGACUGCAACUCCGACCUAGAGCAGCCCGUCACUUAUCUAUGGAGCAAGCAAGGCGGAACCCUUCCCAGUUACGUCGACGAGCGCAGCAAAACUAUAGUCUUGAACUCCGUCGGCAGUAUAGACGCGGGAACGUACGUGUGCUCGGUAACCAACGACAAACGCACCCUAGACGUGCCUAUCAUCCUCAUCGUCACCGGCAUCAUACCGUAUUUCACCCAGGCACCGAACAGUUACAUAAGUCUGCCGACCCUGCCGGACGCGUACCUACAUUUCAGCUUCGAGAUUUCCUUCAAGCCGGAGAACGACUACGGUUUGAUCCUCUACAACGGUAACAGGGAGCGAGAACGCGAGGCGGAUUUCAUAUCGCUCGCCUUGGAAAACGGUAUUCCCCAGUUCAAAUUUAAUCUGGGCCACGGUACCGCGACCACCACCAUUCAAGCGGACGAGCCGAUAGUCGAACGCGAUUGGCAUACCGUCAAAGUGGUCCGAAACAAGAAACGGGUGAUCAUGUUCGUCGACGGCAAAGGUCCGUACAUCGGUGAGCACGAGGGCAAAUACUUCGGGCUCGAUUUGAGUGAGCCCUUAUUUUUGGGAGGCGUGCCUGACUACGGCAACAUCUCGCCGGACGUGGAAAUCGAUAGAGGCCUCGUCGGUUGCGUUAGCCGUUUCAAGAUAGGCUACGCGCACCAAGAUAUCCUGCAAGAGGCACUCAACACGACCGGCAUCACCAAUUGCGAGACGUGCACUGAGAACAAGUGCCUAAACCAGGGAGCGUGUCAGGAGGCGUUAACGACCGAAGGUUACACGUGCGUUUGCCCUGCAGGGUUCAGCGGUCCCACGUGCAACAAACUUAAGGGAGAGGCUUGUUCGCCUUAUUCGUGCGGAGUGGGCAGAUGCCAGGACACGGAGACCGGAUUCCAGUGCCAGUGCCCGUUGGGUCGAGCAGGUCUCAGAUGCGAAAAAUCGAUUACGAUUUUCGAGCCGGCGUUCAGGAACGACGCGUACCUGGCGUACCCGCCGCCCAGGCCCCUGAGGAGGACGCGAAUCGAAAUGAAGAUCAAACCGCGCGACGUCAAAGACGGCCUUUUACUCUACGCGGCGGAAACGGCCGAAGGUCACGGCGACUUUAUCAGUUUGGCCAUUAGAGAUCGCCACGUGGAAUUCAGAUUCGACAACGGUAACGGCGCGUCGGUAAUACGAAGCGACGAGGAAAUAAUUCCGGACCAGUGGUCCGCCAUUUUGGCGGUAAGGUCGCCAGCCGAAGGCAGGGUCAUCAUCAACGGGCACGCUUCGGCGCCGACCCGCCUGCCCGGGAAUCACAAGACGUUCACGCUGCUCACGCCCCUCUACAUCGGCGGCUACGACAAGCAAACCGUUACACUGAACAAGGGCGUGCAAGUCCGCAACGGUUUUAACGGUUGCAUCAUCGAUCUGAACGUGUCCGGUCUGACUCAAGACCUGCGCAACACCACGGACUCUUCGAACGUUGAGGAGUGUAACGCAGACGAGGACAUGGACAACAACAUCUUCUCGCCCGAGUACGCGCACGAACACCAAUACAAACCGAUCGUGUAUGACAGCAAAAAAAACGGAUGUUCGGACAGUCCGUGCAAGCACGGCGCGGAGUGCGUUCCCCUCUCACCGCUGGAGUACAGAUGCAACUGUCCAAACGGGUUCACGGGCACCAAUUGCGAAACGGCAAUGGAUCCGUGCCGGGAUAAACCGUGCAUGCACGAGGGCAACUGCAGACCAAACGUCACCACCUUCACUUGCGAUUGUCCGUUAGGGUUCGCCGGACCGACUUGCGACCAAAGGUACGAACUGAGAAACGACGCGCACUUUAACGGCGACGGGUAUCUCGAGUUCAGUCGAUCCUUGCUGAGCCACCAGAACGAUGAUGAGGCUGAAAUCGUCGCGUUGGAGUUUUCGACGAACAAACCGGACGGACUGGUCUUCUGGCACGGACAAAGUCCCGAUCAGGACGGGCGGGGACAGGAUUAUAUCGCUUUAGCGGUAUCGAACGGAUACCUGGAGUUCAGCUACGACUUGGGAAUGGGACCGGCCAUCAUUCGCAACACUGGAGUGCGCGUGGACGACGGCGAACGUCACAGCGUCAUACUGAAACGCGAAGGUCGCGUCGGUUCCAUCGACGUAGACCACAUGUACGUUGAGGAAGGUCAGUCGGAGGGCAUAACGACGACGAUGAACUGCAACGGCAACAUAUUCCUCGGAGGAGCUCCCAACGUCACUAGAAUGAGCGGAGGCCGCUUCGCCAAAGGUUUCGACGGUUGCAUACACGGGUUCGAGUUGCAACAGUCGAAAACGAUGGACCUUGGCGUCAAGGCCAUCAACGGUCUGAACGUGAAGCCCUGCUCUAGCUUUAACGACAUGAACAACAACAUCUUCAACUUUGACGAACUAGUGAAUUGAGGGAGUUUUAUAAUAUACAUAACGAUGGGUACCGUGAUUUUGUAAAAAGAUUAUUUUCCGUAAGUGUUCACUUCUUUUCAUUGUGUUCAUUUUGUUAAAAGGCGCACGUCGCAACUCAUCUUACGUUUAAUAUAAUAUAUUUAAUAUAUUAAUUAGUAAUAAUCCCCGCGGGGCCGCGUGUCGAGUUUCUUUUUGUUUCGCUUCGCUCUGGGACACGGCCCCCGUCUUUCGUUUGUUUAACUUUUUACGGAACUGCCAUCCUUUCUGGUCUUUUACCCCACCAAUUUUUUUAUACAAUUUUUUAUACAGUAUAUUUUUCUUAUUUAGAUGAUUUGUAUAAUAAUCGAACCGUGCCAUUUUAGAAUCUAGAUAUGACAGAAAACGCAGUCCACUAAUUGUAUUUGUAUAAUUUCCUCAUCCUAAGGCUACGAUUUUUUGUUUCCAUGGUGCUAUUAAUAUUGUAUUCAUAAUAUAAACCGGCCUUUGAGGUCCGUUUGUCCCACGGACCCGGUGGCCAAUAAUCGUUAUCGUAUAUACGCUGAGAGAAAUUUUCCACACACUUGCUUAUUACUCUAGAGGCGUAUUUAAGCAGGAAGCACCCCAGCAAAAAAAAAGUGGUGCUCCGCCGCUGCCGUUUUCGAAUCUUUUCUAACGCGCUAACUGUCCGACAGAAAACAUUGUGAUCCGAUUACAAGUAACCAAAACGUAUCAGCAAUGGUGAUUAACAAUAAGUAUAUGAAAAAAUAAAUAAAUAAAACUAGAUUAUAGAGGAAUAAUAAGGAUGACAAAUUUUUGUAAGCGUUUUCGUUGAUCGAGGUCAAAAAGAAUUCCGUUAAUGUAACCGUUAUUGUAAAAAAGAAGAUUAAAAUGGGUUUCGUCGAUAAAUGCUUCAAAUGUAUUAUUUACCAAUUAACGUGCUAUGUUAAAAUCGCAUUUUCAAUAACAAGAGACAAUAAAUUCUAAA